AUGGCCCCAACUCCUCAUCGAAUCGCACAAACAUCUACCGAGCUCAAAAAACUGGCCAAGAAAAAUGGCCCGCGUCUUAACGAGCGGCAGCAGAAGCAGCUCGACCGCGAGGCCGAAUUAGAACAGCGCGCCGCCCGCGCCCGCAAAGCCGAGGAGAGUCGCAAAGCAGCCAAGAAGAAGCGCGAAGAAAAAGAGGCGAAGGAGGCAAGAGCAAGGCAACAAAUUGGUGUCGGACUAGCGACUCAGCUUGCUGGAUAUAGUCAUACGCAGGCGCAGUUGAAGAAUGGCAUGGAAGCAUUCCUAGGACUGAGCAGGAAGAAGGAUGAGGAGAAGCGUAAAAAGAACUUGGAACUCACCAAGAAGCUAGAAGAGAUUGCGGAACAGAUGGAGAAGGAGCCAUGGGAUGACGACGAUGAGGAAGACACGGUAGUCGAUUUGCCGGAGACGACUGCAUCCUCCGGACAGCAGUGGACCGAUGAUGACUUAGACGACGACACACUUCUCGAAGCACAUGAUAUGGUCAUGUCAGAUCCGGUAGAGGAGCUACAGCCUGUUGUCCAGCCUACUGAGUUCGUUGCUCCGAUCGCGCCCGCUCCGCCUGCUGUCGUACAACCCCUUGCGCCUGUCAACCCUAUCGCCCUCACUCCGCUCGUCGCAUCAAAUCCUCUGCGGCAACCAAUUCCUGUACAGGAUGACCGCGAAUUCGCACGUACUCACGGACCUAUAAACAAAGCGAUCGAGGCUGCCUUGGACAAACUGCCCGAGCCUCUGAUUGAACUGCUGUCACAAGAUCUUUCGCUCAAAACACCAGACUGGGAUCCUUCACUGGGGCUGCUGCACAAGCUGAAUCCAGUAGGGCUGCCACCACAUCGUCUGCGCGUCAAGGUCGGCUGCACUGUAACAGUGCUUCGGGAUCUUAAUACAAGCAGCCAGUUGUCCAAGAGCCAGCACUUGCGAGUCUUACGCUGUGAGAACGAUCGAUUAGAAUGCUUGGUGUUAGAUGGACAGCUACAGGGAACUAAGACCUUCCUGACGCGGGUUCCAUUCAUCGCAAAAUACAAGAAUCUGGAUCAGCAUCCUUUUCAACGCACACAGUUUCCCAUACGUGUGGCCAUCGACUACACACCGUCCGGCGUGCCACGGGAUACAUCAAGAUCAGGGUUUAAGCUCCCUUCGAUACCUGGGCGUAUGCCACCUCCCAGCUUGGCGAAAAAACAAACCCCCCCUGCUAUCAAAGCAAAGCCUACCACAAACCAGAAUCCGGGCUUCAAGCUUCCUGGAGUUCCAGCAUCCAAGUCCAGCUCGUUCACUGCAGUUGAAUCCACGUCCGUUUCGAAAAAGACUCCGUCAAUACCACUACCAUCAACCGACUGCUGGGAUGAUUUCUUCGAAAGCAGUACCCAGGUUUCGCGGGAGCUUGCUUCAGAAGCAAAGCCCACAGUCAAAGAGCCACCGAAGCUUUCAACGGUUGCAGUGCCUCCAGUAAUUGAUGAUAUCCCUCCUAUAUCGACCCAAGACUUCGACUUCUCUCUGGACGAUCUCGACGAAGAGCCGCGGAAAGAGGAGGAGAAAUGUAAAGUCGCUCCUGUCACGGACGUUGUGCCUAGCAAAAUUUCCGCACCACUGCAGGCGAAUACAGGGAAUCCUCGGCCCUUACAAAGACCAAUGUCUUUGCCGUCUCCCUCUGAGCCAGCAAAGCUCUCAGUCAACCCCACCUCUAAGCCGGUAAAAUCGUUGACCGGCCCUGUAAGAGCCGAUACCGCUGUUACGCAAAAAGAAUCCACGCCACGGGCUUCUGCGAAUUCCAGCAGGCCCUUAACUACUUCAAGACCUCCUAAGAAGAUAGCUGGGAAGUGCCUGAACCCAGGUCCCUUUGCCUAUGGGAACCUCCAGGAACAACUCGCAAAACUUAGGGCGUCUCAGCUACCAAAGUCUAUGACUGGCCCUUAUGCGAAGAGAAAAGCUACAACAACGCCAUCCGGACAAUCUGCUUCUCCUCCAGCCAAGAAGCAGUGCGCGCCAACAUCGACACCGCCUUCGAAACUAUCUGCUGUGGCACCGAGGACGAGUCAAUGUUUCGAAGACUCUGCUAUGUCGACGCAGGAAGUGGCUUCUUUCUUUGAUGACGAUGACGAUAACAUGAGUUUUAGGUCGUCACCACCUAUUGCAGUAUGA